AUGCAAGUUUAUGUUGAUUAUCGAAAUGUUGCACCACUUGCACACAAAAAGACAUUGGCCUAUGUGAAUAACUUUGUGAUUAAUACUACACAGUUCUUGAAUCGAUUCAGUUUACUGUGUGAACAAAAGUUGGUCGAUGUAUCAAACCACCUCAAUCGUCUCGAGGUGACCAUGUCACUACUCGAGAUUAAAUUGGGUUCGAUCGAUGGCUUGGAAUCACUACCCACUGCAAAUGCACCAACUUAUCAUACAACUACAAACACCUCUGGUGCUACAGCUCCACCCCCUCCACCAACUGCAAGUUCUCCUGCUGCUCCACCAACAUCAUCUACAGCAUCGGGUGGAGCUCCACCUCCACCACCACCACCUCCACCACCUGGUAAAGGUGCUGCUGCUGCUUCUGGUCCACCACCUCCACCCCCACCUCCAUCCUCUUCACAUCAAUCAGACAAUGAAGAGGAAAUCAUCAUUGUUCCAACUGCUGCCUCAAAUGGUGGUAUUUCAUAUAAAGAGGAUCCUAGAUACGCUCCAUUCUUUGAUCUCAAUAGAAAGGGUGUUCCCGUCGUUGCUUUCCAAUCAAAGAUGUUGGCUUUAGGUUUAGAUCCAAAUGCUAUCUCUAAUCCUGAUGGAAUUAGUCAAGGUGCAGGAGGAGGAUCAUCAUCCUCAUCUAUGGUUCCACCACCUCCAAUGGUACCAAACCCACCUUCAAGAGAAAAUAGUGGUAACAAUCUUAAUGAGUUUAUUCCUCCUCCAUCUCCACCAAAAUCAGAUGGAGAAGAUGACGAUCAAGACGACGAUGACGAUGAUGAUGACGAUGAUGACGAUGAAAUCAAACCAAUCAUUACUACAUCUGAUCAAAAUAACUCUAGCACUAGUGGACUUGUUGUUCCACCACCAUUCAUUCCACCACCACCACCAUCAUCAUCCAAUCAAGACGAUGAUGAUGAUGAUGACGAUGAUGACGACGAUGAUGACGAUGACAAUAACAAUAACAAUAAUAAUAACAGUAAUAAUAGUAUGGGAGGUGGAUUAAUGGUUCCACCACCAAGCAUUCCACAAGAUAAUACAGACGAUAUAUUUAUACCAGCUCCACCACCAUCAGGUCUUGAAGCAAUGAUCGCUGCCAGACGAGCAAACGACGAUGAUGAUGACGAUGAUGAUGAUGAAGAUUGGUAA